CAGAAAUCUUCAACAUUAACAGCCAUUGAAACAGAUAUGGAAUCAAAUAAGAGAUCGUUAAAAGAUCUGCUUGGUGGUGAUCUUCAAUGCACAGAAAAUAUGAAAUCUAUCUGCCAACACCAUGAUACAUUAUAUCCUGGUGAAAAUUUAAUUGAUUUACGACCUAAUUCAAACUAUCUCAAGAAACUUCCUUUCAAAAUUUUGGAACCAUAUUUUAAGGCGCUUGAUGACAAAAUUGAGAAUUUAAUUCCAUCCAAUGUACACAAAUUCCUGACAGAAUUUUUUCAGCAAGAUUUAACCGGCGAGGAAUGGCACAUUAAGAUUGAUGAUCUACGCUGUUCAGAUCAGAAUGAUUGGUUAAUGGUAUCAAUUAUACGAAUUUUACGUAGAACAUUACCUCCAUUCUACAUUAGAAAAACCCCACUUAAACUCUUUUGUCCACCCAUGUCUACAAGCAUGUCUCUGUUAGUUUAUAUGGAAGGGUCGAAGCCAAACGCUAAUGAUGACAAAGAAAUUUCGGACGCCUCAAAAAUAUCCCAUAACCUUCGAACCAUUUUUAUAAAUAUAAUAAAAUAUAACAUAAAGUGUAGACGACGAUUUCCCAAAACACUUGCUGUUUUCGGUGGGCAAAGUUUCCGCCUUCGAAUUCACCUACAAUUUUUAGACUAUUGUGAAGGAAAGUUCUGUCUUAAUGAAGUGGACAACGCCAAUCUUCCACGCGACUUCACAGAAAUGGCGGACUUUGUAUUUUUUUAUGAGUGCGUGAUAAAAUGGGCUUUGCUGGCUCGGAAAGUAAAGGAAAGUUUUGAGGAAUCAAGAGCCGAAAAGAGACCAUCGAGACUCUCCUACAUUAAUAGUUUGAAUGUAGCGGAUAUUCUAGAAAAUGGUUGUUGA